CUUUUAAUUUGUCUCCGAGUUGGCGCAGCAGCACCGCAACCGGAACUGUGUGAUGUCGAGCCUGCGGUAGUCUUGAGAAGACAUGGGGGUCAAAAUAGAAAUAUUUCGGAUGAUGCUCUAUCUGUCCUUCCCAGUGACGAUGUUCUGGAUAUCCAACCAAGCAGAGUACUUCGAGGAAUACAUUGUGAAGAGAAAGAGGGAGAUCUUUCCACCAGAUGAGAAAAUGCAUAGACAAGAGCUGGAGGAGUUUAAGGAGCGCAUGAGAAGACGACAGGAGCAGAAGAUGUUGAAACGUCUGGGCAUGGAAUCAGAAAACACAGUAGAGAAGGAGUGAUGUCUCCAAACCCCAAACAGAAGGGGCCAAGUGGCAAAGCUAAUGGAGAGACCAUGACAAGCUUGGGCUUGGCGCUUUAGUCAGGGGUCACAUAUUAUGGAGAGUUGAGUGUACCUUUUGAAAAAUCGCAGCAAAUUUGCAGUUUUAUAAGUAUAAAUGCUUUCAAAAACACCAAACCGUACUAUUUGAUUUCUUUUCAAAGCGUUCAACCUGAACAUUCAGAAUACAUCUGAAGAACACUGGCUUUGUUGUUGCUGGAUAAUAUAUAUGUAUUUAUUUUUUUAUUAUUAAAUCAGAAUGAGUGCAUUGAUUUUCAUAUUAACAUGUUUCAUUAAACUUUGAUUUUGUCACCAUUAA